CUCCUGCUAGUGCUGUUUCUUGCAGGCAGAAAUCAGGAGGACAUCAGGAGUGGGGUCCCCUCAGAGCCUCAUACCACAGAGCUAACCAGAGUGCGAGGCAAAUUCCCCACUGAGGGAGCUGUGGCCCUGGAGAUGAGUGUUGAUACCCUCUGACGGCCUGGCUCUGACUCUUUUAAUGCCAUUACAAAGAAGCUGCAGCCUGUUAUUUCCCAAACUCACCUCCUGUCAUUUCUUGCAGAGUUUCAAAAUUGUCUUCAGUUACCUAGAAACCCGUGUAAGAAGAUGUUAAGUGUUCUGGGUUAAAGCGAGGCAAGGUGUGCGGGCAGAAGUCACAGAGCUCUCACUGGGUCAACAGCUGAUGUUGCAGAUGAGCUUUGAAGAAAGCAGACAGGUUUUUGGGCACAGCAGGGCAGCAAAGGCGUCCCAGGACGUGGGGUCUCUCAUGCCUUGCCUCACUCUUCUCCCCUCCUAAAACCUCCAUCUGAAGGAUGGCAGCCGCCUCUUUCCGCUACGGCCUGACCAUCACGGGGGCCGUGCUGCUGGUGACAGGGACACUGUGCUUUGCCUGGUGGAGUGACGGGGAGGUGGGCUCUGGCAGCGGGGCUCGCCUCCUGCCUCCCCGGGAAGCCGAGGCCGUUCCCAGCUCCUCCUCCUCCAGCGCCCUGCUCCGCUCCGUCAGCUUCUUCUGCUGCGGCAUCGGUGGCAUCCUCCUCAUCUUCGGCCUCCUCUGGUCCGUCAAGGCCAACGCCAGGGUGGUGUCCCGGCGCUACCAGUACCAUUUCCCCAGGGACCUGCAGUACUUCACGGCAGAGCCUCCGGAGAAGUGGAACUGCAGCACCUGGGACGCCAGCGCCAUCCCCACCUAUGAAGAAGCCCUGACCUGCAGACCUGCCCACGGCGCCCCGGCCUACGUGCAGCCGCUGGGGAGGAAGGAGGAGCUCACGCCGCCCCUGUACCGCUACCUGGAGGAGGACGAGGGCUGGCAGGGCGGCCGCCGGCGCAGCUCCUCCGACAGCGCCUUGUUCCGCCCCAGCCCGUCCUGGCUGGACGCGCCGCACCCCGAGGAGCCGCAGGCAACGCCUCCCCCCAGCUAUGAGAACAUCAGCGUCCGGGGGUCUGAGCUGGGGCAGCCCGGGCCGGGACUCUGCGGGUGGCUGCCCAGUCCCUCGGCUUUAAACUGAGCCUCUUUCCUUGUGGGGGUGAGAGGAAGGUGGGCGAGGAGUGGGAAGGGUCAGCCUGGCUUGCCUGGCUUUCCGAGCGAUGGGUCUGGCGCUGCUGGGAUUGUGGGUCCUGCGGGGGAUGUGUUCGGAGCGUCGGGGGUAACUGGCAUGUUUGAAAGCUUUCAUAUUUUUAAUAAAGCCACUGCUGGUUUCA